GGCUGGCCUGGAUAUAGCGCAUGCACAACGAACACUAUAGUUCUCGGCCUACAUCAUCGGGCGGUGGCAAUUGUCACGGCGUACCGUCUUUAGGAAAGUGCCGAGAUGCUGGGAUUGCGUGCUGCCAAGCUGCGUGGUGCGGGAUAUUCGGCAACUUUAACGUCUUGUAUCCACCAACCAAGACGCAUCCCGGCGAGGCCAAGAUGGUAAGCUGCAUGUAACGGAGUACCUUGGAAACGGAACCCCUACCCUACCGGCAGAAAACCGAAGACUGACACUAAACAAGGCUUAGAGAGUGACGCGUCUAACGCAAUGUGUUCAAGUGGACUAACACUACUCAACCAGCGUCUUAUACUGAAAAUAAAGAAAACUAAACUGACGCUCUGAGUAAUGCUGCUGCAACUCCCCAUGUCUAUACUAAUACUCUACAAGUAACUCAGCCUUGAUUUACUAUUUCAACGUCCAAGCACAAAAACGAGGCUUGAAUAUGUAAUCAUUUAUUUUCACCACGGGCCAUCUUAGGAUCCCAUGCAGCCUAUAUUGAUGCAUCUGCGGACACGUCGGCUUCCUUCGCAUGGGCUAGGCUUAGCCAGUAGGAUGGUGAUGAUCGUUCAUGGCAUCUACCCAAUGACUAUUGCCAGCCACAGCAUGUUGGCACGGUCUCCCCUCCGUGUAGUCGUGGACGGCUGCAGAGGUGAAGCACCCCUCGAGUAUUUGCGAUUCUUGCUCAAUUUAGGAUACUGAAAUGUCGCCGGCACCACCAGCGUAGCCUUUGGGCUCUACGACUUGCAUCGCUCUGAGACGUUUCCCAAGUCACCACUUACCGAUCUUUGUUUUUCAUCAUCCUUUUCCAAAAUAGACUCAUCAUGAAGAACACAAUGCCCUCUCCUGUUCAUCCUCGAUGGCUCGCUACUCUGUUAGCGGACAAUAGACCACCUCCAAGGCUGUUUGCCUGGACUCCCGCCAAUCUUCCUUCCCUCAGAGCUGCCAGUCUUGCCCAAGGAAACCAUGAGUCCCAUACCAAUGGAGACGAUUUCCAUACUAUCCCUAACAGCUCGGAGGAACGCAUCUUUAUCAUCGGCGCUGGCAAUAUAGGAAGGCUGUAUGCGAGCUACAUGGCCCAGCAUCCCAACCCUCUUCCCAUAACUCUGGUUGUGCAUAGGAAAGAACUCCUAUCACAAUGGGUGGCCAGCGAAGGCAUCGGAGUCUCCAAUAUUGGCGGUAGCAGAGUCUUUCGGAGCAAACAGUUCAACAUUGAAUGGUGGACAGACACUCGACCUCAGUUUGGCCCCGUACGAGAGGUAGCAGAUGGGAAGAAGCUCCGCAAUGUCUUUAUUGCAACAAAGGCGACCGCUGGCUUGCCUGAAGCGGAUAGACUCCGUCGAUAUUUGGGUCGAUCGAGUUCUGUCGUAUUCGCGCAAAAUGGCGUCUGCAAACUUUGGCCGCCGCAUGGUCCGUCCUAUAUCGCUGGUCGAUAUCAGGCCGGCGAUGCCCCUACCUUUUCUGCCUGUGUUGUGAAUCAUGGCGUGGCAUCGUCCGGGCCAUUCUCCAGUAUUCAUUCAGUUCCUGCAGAUGCAUCUAUCGGACCAGUCCUUUGGGCUCCUGAUCCUACACCCCCACGUGUACAGCAAACAAGACAGCACAAGCGACGUCCUUGGGACAAUUUCUUCAUCCGAUAUAUUGCAUCUACGCCGCUCUUGGACACCAAGAGAGUAUCCUCGGGCGAGCUGUGGCUACUCCAACUCGAGAAGCUGGUAGCCAACUCUGCGAUCAAUCCACUCAGUGCUCUACUGCGCUGCAAGACUGGCAUCUUGUUUGCCAGUGACGAUCCGCAUGAUCCUCUGGCAAAAGUGCUGGAUAAGAUGUUGUGGCAAACUAGUUCCGUGAUCCAACGGCUUAUCAACCAUGAUAUCAGUCGGGAUAUCGUGGCCUCUUACACGGAGCAGCAGUAUGGGGCGGGUAUCGACGGCAACUUGCACGAGGCGCUUGCCAAGGUCCGCAUAAAGCUGACACAGAGGUUCUCACCGCCUGUCCUAAAGGCGAAACUCUAUGUUUUUGGUCGUAAAUUGGAUGCGCAUCGUAGUUCAAUGCUACAGGACGCUGAGGCUGGCCGGAAGACAGAGGUACGGGAUUUCAAUGGCUGGAUUGUUGACAUGGCUCAUUUCCUAGACCCGGACUUGGAUGUCAGUGUCCACCAGGGUUUAAUUGAGUUGAUUGAAAGUGGACAGGCCCUGGAUAAAGAGGAGUUGGCCAAAAGGCUACUGUAAAUUGGCAGAUGGGAUAUCACAUUUAAAGAGGUUUGGAAGUUGUCUACGCUAGUUGCUGUCGUGUAACAUCAUUUUGCUUCAUCAUAUUUGAUUUCUGUAGAUCUAUCCUAUUGUCUAUGUGCUAUGAUGCAUUGUAUUCUGUCUCCCUAUCAUUUUGUGUAACCUUUAUGCAUGAAUGGAUAGACUAGGAAGCCUCCCGUGUCUGGCUACUUUGGUAAAUUGCCUCGUAUUGCCGUGUCUGUCUCCGUAGGUGUGUUUGAUAUUACCUGCAUGCACGUUCUCAGGAGGUCGCUCUUGUUUCCGUUCGCCACGCCUUGGCGAAUGCAAGGAGGGGAGGCAAACAGCCAUUCAAAACAACGCAUCACAUGAUUGACUUUGCCUCUUGUUGCUGCUGCAGUUGUUGUCAUCACCAGAGCCUUCAAGUGGCAUUACACACCACCUUAGUCCUUUGUAAUGGUCAUAGACUGCCUGUAAAGUUUCCAUAGUCUCCUAGGCUAGUUGUGUGGCGUCGUCUGAACGCCCAGAUCACCGCGGCCUAGAC